AUGACUACAGAAAACAGAGAAAAAAUCGAAGCAACGAUCGUCAUGAACACCGAAACUAAUAAAGUAAGCAUUAAAAUUCCACCUUUUUGGCGAGAGAAACCCGACAUUUGGUUUUACCAAGUAGAAGCACAGUUUCAAAUAAAUAAGAUCACAACUGAAGAAACCAAAUUUAAUUAUUUGAUAUCCCAACUGGAACCGAAGUAUGUAGAAAAUAUUUGGGACAUUAUUAAAGACACUAAGCCUAACAAAUAUACCUUGGCGAAAGAAAGACUUUUAAAUACGUUUUACGAAAGCGAAAACAAGAGAAUUCAGCGCUUAGUUACCGGAUUAAAACUUGGAGAUUACAAGCCAAGCCAACUUUUACAAAAACUGAACAAUUUAGGAGCAGACGAUUUUUCAGAGAAAGUGUUAAAAUCUUUAUGGCUUGAUAAAAUGCCGGAUUUUAUACGAAAUAUUCUGCUUGUAAGUGAAGAAAGUUUAGAUAAACUGUCUACGAUAGCGGAUAAAAUUCACGAAAUGAAAACUGGGGAAAAAUAA